UUUCCACAAUGCUGUAUUUCAGUUCCUACCCAGCAUGGACGGAGGGCCAGCAGAGGGUGUAGGGGUAGCGGAGGUCCCUGCCAAAGAUUUCCCGUCCAUCCAGUCUGUCCACAGCCAGGAUGCCAUGGUUGCUGACCUUCUUCAGCAAGCUGCAGAGGCUGGGGGUGUGGUAGAGGAUCAGGCUGGAGUUGUCUUGGAACAAGCUCAUGGGGAAGGAAUAGUAGCUGCUGCCCAGGCCCAGCAGCAGCUGAUGGAAGCUGCAGUUGGAGUCGGUGUGGAAAGCGAAGCUGGGGUUGAAAUGAUGGUUAUGGACUCACUGGAUCCCACCCUGUUGCAGAUGAAAACUGAGGUGAUUGAUGCUGCAGUGGCAGGAUCAUCGGCAACAGUUGGUGUUGUUGGAGCAGUAGCUGGUGCUGCUCACCAAGCAACUGUAACAACAGUGGACCAGACUCAAAUCAUCACACUACAGGUGGUAAACAUGGAGGAGCAGGCAGCAUUGGGCCUUGGGGAGCUCCAGCUGGUCCAGGUACCUGUUUCUGCCACCACAGUGGAGGCCCUGCAGCAAGGCACCUUUGUAGACACCACUGCCAUGCCAAAGGACGGAGAUCCAGUCAUCUGCCACACACUGCCACUGCCUGAGGGCUUUCAGGUAGUUAAGGUUGGUGCUAACGGGGAGGUGGAGACAGUGGAGCAGGAAGAUGAGGGAGGAGAAGCCCAACUUGAGGAGGAAGAUGAGGAGGUGGGGAACCAGUUGCUUGAAGAAGGGGAGGAUGAGCCCAUUCAGCCUCCACAUGAGGACCCAAACUGGGCUAAAGACCCAGACUAUCAGCCUCCAUCUGCAACAGUCAAGAAGACCAAAAAGGGUAAAAAGAGUCGUCUUCGUUAUGCUGAAGGAGACAAGGAUAUGGAUGUCAGUGUCUAUGACUUUGAAGAAGAGCAACAAGAGGGCCUUCUGUCCGAGGUCAAUGCAGAGAAAGUGGUGGGCAACAUGAAACCACCCAAACCCACCAAGAUCAAGAAGAAAGGAGUGAAGAAGACAUUCCAAUGUGAGCUGUGUAGCUACACGUGCCCUCGACGCUCCAACCUGGACAGACACAUGAAGAGCCACACUGACGAGAGACCUCACAAAUGUCACCUGUGUGGAAGAGCCUUCAGGACGGUCACCCUGCUAAGAAACCAUCUCAAUACACACACAGGAACCCGUCCACAUAAGUGCACAGACUGUGAUAUGGCUUUUGUGACUAGUGGAGAGCUGGUUCGCCAUCGACGCUAUAAACACACACAUGAGAAACCCUUCAAAUGCUCCAUGUGUGACUAUGCCAGUGUGGAGGUGAGCAAACUAAAGCGCCACAUUCGUUCCCACACGGGAGAGCGUCCAUUCCAGUGCAGUCUUUGCAGUUAUGCCAGCAGAGACACAUACAAGCUGAAGAGACAUAUGAGGACACACUCAGGGGAGAAGCCUUAUGAAUGCUACAUCUGCCAUGCUCGAUUCACCCAGAGUGGAACUAUGAAGAUGCACAUUCUGCAGAAACACACGGAGAAUGUGGCCAAAUUCCACUGUCCACACUGUGACACAGUCAUUGCACGCAAGAGUGAUUUGGGCGUCCAUCUUCGUAAGCAGCACUCAUUCAUUGAGACUGGGAAGAAGUGUCGUUAUUGUGACGCUGUUUUCCACGAGCGCUAUGCUCUGAUCCAGCAUCAAAAGUCCCAUAAGAAUGAGAAGAGGUUCAAAUGCGACAUGUGCGACUACUGCUGCCGCCAGGAGCGCCACAUGGUAAUGCAUCGUCGAACACACACCGGAGAGAAACCAUAUGCCUGCAGCCAGUGUGAGAAGACUUUCAGACAGAAGCAGCUGCUAGACAUGCACUUCAAGCGUUACCACGAUCCCAACUUUGUCCCCACUGCCUUCGUCUGCCCCAAGUGUAGCAAGACCUUCACUCGCAGGAACACCAUGGCUCGGCACGCUGACAACUGCAGUGGUGAGGUGGAGGAUGCUGAAAAUGGAGCUCCAACUCCAAAGAAAGGAAGGCGAGGAAGAAAGAGGAAGAUGAGGAGCAGGAGAGAUGAAGAUGACAGUGAGGAGGAUCAUGCUGAACCAGAUGAGGAGGAGGAUGCUGAGGGAGAGGAAGAAUCAUCAGUAUUACAGGAAGAGGAGGAGCCUGAAAGCAUGGAACUGGACCAGGCCCCUGCUGCCAUCCCUGUACCGGCCCCCGACGAGCCACCAGUUAAGAGGAAACGGGGUCGACCCCCAAAGAACGCCCCCAAGCCUUCAACACCCAGCAGGUCAGCCAGGGUGGCUGCCAAGACGACCAGUUCUGCUGCUGCCAUCAUUCAGGUGGAGGAUGAGAGCACUGGAGCAGUAGAGAACAUCAUUGUGAAAAAGGAGGAAGGUGACACCUCUGCAACAACACCUCUGGAGCAGGGAAUGGCCCUGACCGUAGAGGGGGCGGGGCUAGAUGGGGAAGGGGUGGAGACUGUUGAGCUGGCUGUGAAUGAGGAAACGACGGCCGCAUCUGCCAAUGGAGAUCUGACUCCAGAGAUGAUCCUUAGCAUGAUGGACCGGUGAACACACACAGUCGCACACAUGUAGCCGGACUACAUCGAAAAUUAGAUGACACAUACAUAUUUCCUUGCCAUCAACCCAUGCUCCAUCUGUGUGUGUUUUCAAUCUCAGCCAUUUUCCCUUCAUUGAUGUGACUGCAAGAAAUGUUGACAGAAAAGACGACCAUGCACAAAGGGGAAGCUGCAUGUAAAUAAACAGUAAUAUCACAUCCCUGGAUACUGUUUGUGGGCCUCACACACCUGUGUCAUCUUCUACAUUUUAUACACAUACCCAAGCUAAUGACAGACUGCUCUUUGCCUUUAAAUACUUUCACUUAUGUCAUCUGAAUGAAUCAUUGUUCAUUUUGUUUCUACCCAAAGCCACAUUGUGUGUAAGUCUCAGAUCACGUACUCUGCAUUUUAAUGUUCAGCCAGAAACAAACUCCUGUGUUACUCUGCCACCGGAAGACAUUGGAUAUAAAUGUAGUUUUUCUUAAUGAUUAUGUAGUAUAUGGUACUUUUAGCUUGCCUAUGAUAUACCACUUGUUCUCAGUCAUAUGAGCUCUGUAUUAUUUUGCUCCAAAGAACAGUUUUCCUCCUUGGCCUGUGUAAAUACAUGGUCUCUGUUGUUAUUAGCUGUUUUUUGUACAUUGAGGCUUUUAUAUGAGGAGGUUAACAGAAGGAUUCAUCUUUAUACAUGGCAUCUGUUUGACACCCGCACUGUCAGCACCCAGCCUUGCUCUGAUGGAAAUGUGCCCACAGUUGGUUCAUGUCAAUUAAAUACUUGACAGAGCUGCUAAAUUAGCUUCCCAGAACCAACGUAGUCCGAGUAAAAUUAUGUUUUUUAUUUCUCCUACCUACCACUGAUGUAAGAUAAGUGUCAUUCAGAGUUAAAGUUCUGUAAUGGAAAUUUUAACAUGAGUCUGGAGAAAUAAAGAGUGAACAGCCAA